AAGGUAUAAACAGUAUAUUUAAAAAUGCUAAUAUAUAAACGUUUUUGUGGAAGCUUCUAAAAAGAGGGAAGAAUAUCUGCCUAAUUUACGGUUUAAGUGGUGGGCCGAAUUCGAAAUGGAGCUUAAGCUAAAUAGCAUUUUAAAUUAUGUAAUGCGAUCAAACCGCAAUGUUUGGAUCGCUUGAUUGAAGAAAAAAAAGAAUCAAUAGAUGUAUCGUUUUCUUCACUUCGAAUCUUUUCUCAACAUUGUUUUUAAAUUUUAGUACGAUCUGAUACAAAAACGAAAAAUCUUUAAAGAGGACAACAUUGGCUAUUGACGGCCGAAGUCAACAUCACAGAAUACAGAUUCCUAGACACGAACUUCCAGUCACAACUCACAGUGAUCCAGUCUGAAAAUUUCCCGGUUUCGGUAAUCGGUUUCAGUUUUAGACCGACACUUUCCGUGGACGUACGCUUUACAAUUAUAUGUUUUCCUUUUCUCUAAUUUAAUUUCUCACCAUGCCAAAAAAAUUGAAAGUCGUUGUUAAAUCUCUAUAUUCUCAUGAAAUACGCAAAGAUGUUAGUUUGGAAAACUUAAAAUCGUUAAAACUUGAAGAUGCGUGGCCGUUCAUCAGAGAGGAAAUUGAAACGGAGAUCGGGAGCAGUCAGCUCGUCUGUAUACCACAUAUUACAGAGGCCGAUCUUUACAAAGUGACUUCCCUUUUUGUCCCUAAUGAAAAGCCUACAAAUGGCAAAAUGUUCUCACCCCUUGGGGAACUUAAAAUGAACAUAAACACGGCAAAGUCAGACCCGCAUUAUGUCAGCUGGUUAAAUGAGAGUGAUUUCCAAGAUACUUCCUUCAAAUUCCCUCAUGAGAGUGUGAAGAUAACCUUACAAGAUGAGUCAAUUAAGAAUAAAGUUAGAGUUAUUAUGGUGAGCUUCAAUAGAACAAUUAUCCCAAACGAUAAGGAUCUUGUCAGCAACAUUUAUUUGGAUGUGGACAAACAUAAAGAGUUACAAGGCAAAAAAUCUGUAUAUAUGAUCACAAAAGUCCUCAUGGCUAAAACCAUUGAAUUCAGAGUGACUCGAGGAACAUCCUCUCGUAUUUUUCACCUUGGAAAUGCAUCACCAUUGGUCUUUGGCUUAGAUGAGUUCAUGAUUGGUGAUGAUGGAAAGUUAAUUAGUAAACAACCAGUUACAAUUAAAUCCAAAUUUCUUCACUGGCAGAAACGCCAUCCAUCUGACCAGCUGUAUAUUUCCGAGAAAGAGGCAGAAAGUGAAGAAUAAGUAAAUUCUAGAAUUAAUAGCCUGUGUAGGCUUGCAUUUCAAAAUACUUUAGGUAUUUCGCUUUUAAGCAAUGUUUUGAAGUAGGUGGCAGUUCUCUUGCUAAAGCAAUGAGGUAGAAUAAUUAUUCACUAUUUAUGUUUUGUACCUAGUACGUACUCAUACGUACCCUAAUUCAUGUAUUUACUUUUUAUUCGUAUAAGUGUAGGUAGUUUGCGUGUUACUUAAAUUUAACAUUGAAACUCUAAAUGUACAAUACAUUUUAUGUUUAGAGAGCUAAAAGAUGUCAUUUUGUUUAUCAAAUACUUACUAAUUAUUUUUUUCAUUUGUCAUCACAAUUCAUACCAAAUUGAACUGAAACAUUAAUGUAGUAAUUAGGAAAUUGUGUUAACUUCUCAGCACUAAUGUUAAUUUAUAGAAAAAUGAUAAAAUUUUAUUUGGGUAUCUGAUAAAUGAGCCUUACUAUGAAACAUGCAACUUUAAAUAUCAAGAUUUUGACUAUUAUAAUUAAAUUGUUUGUAUCUCAUUUAUUAAUGUAAUCUAGGAUUAUUCACAAUUUAAGUGUAAGCUAAUAUUUAUUGGUAAAAGUGAAAAAAUCAGUUUUUACACAUUCCUUAAUGCUAGCAUUAUUUGUGAUUAUUUAUACUUCUGUGAUUAUUUCUAACCACUAAUCAGUUAUAUAUUGUGAUACUUAAGUACUUAACAUUUUUAUGUAAUAAUACAACUAA